UUCGCCGUAGGCUGGUCAGGUGUCAUUGAACGGUCUACCAACCUGAUGCUAUCCGAGAACUGCUGGGAUUUGUAGUCCCGCGGCGGAACCUUUGAGCUUUGUUGCACCCGGACUGCUAUUGGUGGCGGGCUGGACGCGAGGAGUAGCCCCAGCUGUGUAAGCAGUGACAUGGUCAUGGAGGAGCAGGAGAUGCAGAUCAAGGUGAAGAAAGUUACGGACAAGUUCACUGAGAGCAUGUAUGUCCUUGCCAACGAGCCGUCUGUGGCUUUAUAUAGGCUUCAAGAACAUGUCCGCAGGUCUCUUCCGGAACUGGCACAGCACAAGGCAGAUAUGCAGAAUUGGGAAGAACAAAGUCAAGGCUCUGUAUAUACUGUGGAGUAUGCCUGCAGUGCCGUUAGAAGUAUGACGUUCAGCAGCGUGCACUUCAAGAGCAUUGAUGGCCUCCUAAAGCAAGCUAUCAAUCUAAAACAUCAGCUGACUGCCGUCCAGAGCCGCAGGUAGCACAUAGGUGCUGUCUGCCUGUCCUACUGCCCUCCUGCACAGAAUCACAAGGCCGUGAAAGCAUUCUCUUUGCUGUCCGACUAAAUUCCUGCACGCAUGCAUUUUGGACUUGUUAUACUGUAAAGGGUGCAGUGGUUUCAAAACAAAAUGAUGCACUGUAUAUUUAUGUAGGGACUUUCUAUACCAUUUCAUAUGGCUCUUGUUGCUUCAAUGCCAUUUUGUGUUAUUUAUUUUAUUUUACACACUUGUAUAGCGCUGACAUAUUCCGCAGCGCUUUACAACAUUAGUAUCACGUUGUCCCUACUGGCGCUCACAAUCUAAGUUUCCUCUCAGUAUGUCUUUGGAGUGUGAAAGAAAACUGUAGUACCCGAAGGAAACCCACGGGAAGAACAUACAAGCUCCAUGCAGAUGUUUUCCUCGGUUGGAUUUGAACCAAGGACCCCAGCGCUGCAAGGCUGUAGUGCUAACCACUGAGCCGCCUUGCUCAUUACUGCCUGUGUUGAGAAGGUUGCAUAAUGUGUCAAGCUGUCCUUAAAGGCAUUGUACAUUACAUAGUUGCCUAUUUAUGUUGA